UAAGUUUGUUGUUGAAUUGAUAUAUAGCAGAUCGAGCUUGAAAGCUGAAAGUGAAUUGAAGGUAGUUGUGAUAAUAUGGGGAGAGUUGAGGCCAAUAAUGAAGCAGACACCCCCCAGAGGCAGUUCCAGAUGGGUGAAGCAGAACCAGCAGUUGCUUCCUAUGCUCCCAAAUACCUCCCACCUCAGCAGCCAGCAUCUGUAGGCGUCCCUUGGAGCACUGGAUUGUUUGACUGCCAUGAAGAUCAAACAAACGCUUUUAUGACAGCAAUUCUGCCCUGCGUCACAUUUGGUCAGAUAUCUGAGAUCCUGGAUACUGGAGAGAUGACAUGCCCUUUGGGGUCUUUCAUCUACCUGUUGAUGAUGCCAGCUUUGUGCUCCCAGUGGAUCAUGGGAUCCAAGUAUAGAACCAAGCUUAGGCAGAGGUAUAAUCUGGUUGAAGCUCCAUAUUCAGACAUUGUUUCCCACAUCUUCUGUCCUUGCUGCUCUCUCUGCCAGGAGUUCAGAGAGCUCCGAAUCAAAGGCCUCGAUCCAGCUAAAGGAUGGAAUGGCAUCCUUGCUGAUCAGCAGGCUGCACAAUAUCAAAACCAGCAAAUCAACAAUCCUCCCCCUCCUCAAUCCAUGUCCAAGUAGAGAUAGAUUCCCAUUUCCCCCCUCUUGUAUUCCUCACCAUUUAUAUAUGCUCGCGUUUGAAGCUGUUCUUCUGUGUGUAGUUUUGCAAGAAAUUUACAGGAUUAAGCUCUCAUUUCUGUACAUUUCAUUAUUAUUUAAACUAAAGAUUGAAUAAAGUUGUAAUCUUUAUUAUUUAUCAA